AUGUUUUUUAAAAAUAAAAAAAUAAGAGGAGAGAUGCUUAAAAAUCUUAUUUUAAAAAUAAGAUUAAAUCUAAGAAACCUUUUUACAACCAAAUCACAUUCUAAAGCUGAAGAAAUUAACAAUCAAGAUAAUUUGAUAAAGAAUAACUCUAAAAUUAGUUGCAUUUUAAAAAGUAUGAUUUUAUCAAAUAUUAGAACUAAACAACCUGCAUCAUAUUUUUUUAAUUCUUCUUAUAAAAAUCUUACAUUAAUUACAGAUGAUAAUAUUAAAAUUGGAGCAGCACUUUUUGAACCAGAAUUUGUUGAUAAACAAACAAAAUAUGUUAUUUUUUUACAUGGAUCUGCUACAAAUAGAGAUGAUAUUUCUGAAAUAGGAGACAUAAAGUUUUUAUCUAAAAAUAACUUUAUGUUAUUAAUUCCUGACUACAGGGAUUUUGGAGAUUCUGAAGGCACCUUUGAAAAAGAUAAAGUUUCUUUAGAUGUUAAAGCUUGUUUUGAUUUUUUUAUAGAAAAAUAUAGUGCUGUAAAUAUAUCCAUAAUAGGAUUUUCAUUUGGAACAGCCAUUUCAGCAGAAUUUAUCAAGUUUAUGCAUAAAAAUAGAUAUUUUUUAAAUGAUGCUUAUAAACCCACAACUUUAAUAUUAAUUUCUCCGUUUACUUCAUUUAUAAAACUUAUUAGUGAAUUUAAAAUAACAUCUGUAUUAAAAUAUAUAUUACCUGCAGUUUGGAAAGAAAUACUUUAUACAUUUAAUUUUGACACUAUAAAUAAUUUAGAAUAUUUUACAGGUAAUUUGUAUCUUUUUCAUGGAGAAUAUGAUCCUUUAAUUAAACCUUCUCAUUCUGAAGAAAUUCAAAAAAAGUUUAAUUGUUAUUUUAAAAUAUUACAGACAGAUCACAUGAGAAUAUUACUUAAUGAUAAUUUAUGGAAGGAGAUAGAAAAUAUAUUUUGA